UACCCGGCGAGGGUUCAGGAGCCCGACGGGGCGAGUGUUCUGGGGCCAGAGAGGGCCAAGGUUCUGGGGCCUAGGGGGCGAGUGUUCUGGGUCCCGUGGACCUCCUGGACGGAUUCUGAUUUGGAUAAGGGGCGAUUCUGACCCGCACCAGGCUAGCUAUGAGCUGUUGAGUCUUCCGCCAGCAGCCCGGCUUCCAGCACAGCGACCAGAGGCAGCGACGUAGUUCGCGACUCACGUCGUUGGUCAUUCACGUAGGUCGCGAUGUACGUCGUUGGUCAGUCACGGGGCUCGGCCCUACUGGGCUGUCUGUGGAGCUCAGGUUCGGUUAGUGGGAGGGUAUGUGGUUGAGUUGGGUUCUCUCUCGGUGUCGACAUGGAUCUUGUUAAAAGAGCGAGAUACAGCAGGAGGAACAUAAUGUGGACAUUCGGAGGAAUGACUUCCGUAGGAAACGGCCUGGAAGCAGAGGAGGAGUUAAAGAAUGCAACGGACUGACUGAGUGGACUUGAUAACAAGUUAGAGAAAACCAAACAAGGAGAAGUCAUAAUAUUGACCCAAGUUCAUCAGAAUUGCAGAGCAGCGUCAGCUUAAGUAUCCUCAACACACAAGACAUCCUAUUCACUUCAAUAAAGUAGGACCACCUCCCAGAGCGUCAUGUCUUGGUACCUGAGGCACUUCACUGCUGUGGGGGAUGAGAAGACAGAACCAGGUACUUGGGAACAGUUGGAGGAGGACAGUGAGGAAGUGAGUCCCUCCCCAGGCCAGCCUCCCCCCCGCCCGGGCUUCAGGGAGGCCCUUCAGCAGCUCUACUGCUCUACCCGGUUUCAGGUGGUGGUUGUGUGUUUGGUAGUCUUGGAUGCCAUAUUUGUUAUGGGCGAGGUGCUGAUAGAUCUGGCCAUCAUAAAACUGGAAGAGCAUCAUGUUCUGCCUGAGGUGUUCCACUACCUGAGUCUGGCGCUGCUGACGUUCUUUAUGAUUGAGCUGGUUGGCAAGCUAUACGCUUACCGGCUGGAGUUCUUCCAGCACAAGUUUGAGGUGUUUGACGGCGUGGUGGUGAUGGUGUCGUUUGUCCUGGACAUUGUCUUCGUGGCUCGCGAGGAUGUUUUAGACGGGGUGGGCUUCCUCAUUCUCCUGCGGCUUUGGCGGGUGGCCAGGAUCAUAAACGGAAUCCUGGUCUCCCUGAAGACCCGUGCUGACCAUCGACUUCAUAAACUAAAGGAGAGUUACGAUCAUCUGGUCCAAAGAUCUACUGAGCUGCAGGAACGCAGUGAUAAGAUGGAGCAAGAGAACAACAGACUCUGUGCCCUUCUGAGACAAAAUGGCAUAGAAUUUGAAUUCUAGUAGUUCAAACCUUAUGCAGUGGUUAUUCAUUUCAUCUGCCUUUCUAGAUGUAUUCUCAACAUUUAGAACUUUAUUCACUGUCAAUCAAUAUAGCUAAGCUGAUAUCUUUGACCGAUAUGAAAUAAAGUCCUGAAACAACAAUGUAACAGAUUUCCUACUGAGACUGCUCGUACGCUGCUUAGCCGAACCAAACUGCUUGCAUCAUGUGAAAGGAAAGAAGAAUUCAAAAGGCAGCUUGGCGUCGAUGGUGGGUGGAGCUUGGAACCCUGGCUCUGAAGGGGUGGAAACGGACACAAAGCUCACUGAGCUGGUGACCGUGACAGAAGUGCUUCCUCCAAAGAGCAAGGCCUGGGUGGGGGGGGGAUAUGGGGAAGGCACAAGUUAGAGGCAAUUAGUUAUUGUUGUCCUGAUUGGUUGCGUUGGGUUGGCCAGGGUGCUUCUGUUUGUACAAAAUGCUGUUGCUUUGUUUGUUAUAUUUCAAAUUACCCUGGACAUCCAACAUGAAUGUUAUCAUCAAGUUGUCACUAUUUCAUGCAGAGCUUCCCUACAAACAAAUAAAACAACUGAUCAUUCUCACCAUGUUGCUGGAGUUGUUGUGUAUGAACUCUUUAAUGCUGACAAUUCGGGCUUGAGCGUUCUCGAGAGAUCCAUAUUUGGUCCAUUGAAUUUCUAGGUGAUGAGACAGUGGGAUGAUGCAACUCUGAGCUUCCUGCACAGACACACAUGGAAACAUACAUGAGGCGGGAAACACUUUCACAAGGAACACUCUGGUAAUGUAUUUCUGGUAAAGGGUCAAUAGGACUUUGCCUUGUUUUUAAGGCAAUUCAAAACACAUGGUAAUUGUUUUUCCAUGAACAGUAUUCUUGAAAUGUAAUUCAAGUGAUCUACCACAUAAAUCCAAAAUUUACUGUGUUGAAGGGUUAUCGAGGUGUGCAUUAUGCAUCUGAAAAUGGAAUUUCCAACUAAUUUCCCCUCCUGGUCAUGUGGCGGCAACGGUGCGCAUUUAAGGUGUUUUGGAGAAGUACAAACUACACAAAACAGCAGGGGGGGCAGAGAAACAGGCCACACCCCUACAGUCUUGAGUCUUUAGACCACACCCCUCACAGAUCCCUCUGGGUUAUUUCAGGUUUUUAGAUCCCGAUG